AAAUCCCAGCAUUCCCUGCACCCCGUUCCUCUGUAACUUAGACUCCAGUGUGCCGCGCAGUGUGCGCAAAUUCAUAAACCGUCCUCCGCCUUGGGGGUUUCUGAAUUCGGAGACUUGAAACUAGGCGGGAAGACCCCGUUAACUCUCAGAAGAAGAUGACAGCCCACAGAGAGGUAACAUCUAUUUACAUGGAACUCAGAAAUCUCCUGCAAAUCAUGAUCUCAAGGUCAGAGAAUGGCAGGUGAACAGAAACCAUCAAGUAACCUCCUAGAACAGUUUAUUUUACUAGCCAAAGGUACCAGUGGCUCAGCCCUCACUGCUCUCAUAAGCCAAGUCUUGGAGGCUCCUGGAGUGUAUGUCUUUGGAGAACUGCUGGAGCUGACCAAUGUGCAGGAGCUUGCAGAAGGAGCUAAUGCUGCAUAUUUGCAGUUGCUGAACCUGUUUGCCUAUGGAACAUACCCAGAUUACAUAGCCAACAAGGAGAGCCUGCCAGAAUUGAGCACAGCUCAGCAGAACAAGCUGAAGCACCUAACCAUCGUGAGCUUGGCGUCGAGAAUGAAGUGUAUCCCCUACUCCGUGCUGCUGAAGGACCUGGAGAUGCGGAAUCUCCGGGAACUGGAAGACCUCAUCAUUGAGGCUGUCUAUACUGACAUCAUCCAGGGCAAGCUGGACCAGAGAAACCAGCUGCUGGAAGUGGAUUUUUGCAUUGGCCGUGACAUCCGAAAGAAGGAUAUCAAUAAUAUUGUCAAGACCUUGCAUGAAUGGUGUGAUGGCUGCGAAGCAGUUCUGCUGGGCAUCGAGCAGCAAGUUCUGAGAGCCAACCAGUACAAGGAGAACCACAGCCGAACUCAGCAGCAGGUAGAGGCCGAGGUUACCAACAUUAAGAAGACACUCAAAGCCACCGCCUCCUCCUCGGCUCAGGAGAUGGAGCAGCAGUUGGCUGAACGGGAGUGUCCCCCUCACGCUGAGCAGAGGCAGCCCACCAAGAAGAUGUCCAAAGUGAAAGGUCUGGUCUCCAGCCGCCACUAGGGCCGGCUGGGGCAGCUGGCACUCACCAGGCCUGGGUCAGGUGGGGAGGGGACACCAAGGGCCUAUUUCCUCCCCUCUCUACCUUCAGUGAGUUCCAGACCUGCCCGUCCCCUCACCAGCGCCUCCCACCCUGUUGGUACUGUUCCAGAAGAACCGUUAAUCCUUCCCUCACCCACUCCCUCCUCCCCCAGUUCCUUCAGACUCAGGGGCUCCACUGAUGCCAUCCCAACAGGGUCAGACACUGCCCAGCUUUCCUCCAGGAGGUUCUCGUCUCUGUGUAAGGGCUUGUCUCCCUCCCAGUUUUUCUUUUGCUCCAUGUCAUUUUGUCAGGCUGGUCAUAAGCCGGAGGCAGCUUUAGCCGGCCCACAGGGAUGACUGCGGAGGAGGCCCCUCUCUGCGUGAGGAGGGGGGUGUGCCUUCUCCAGCCCAUGUACCACAGUUCCCACACUGGUGCAGGUGAUCUCUAGCCAGGUAUCAAAUGCUUUGUUUCCCCUCUCCUGCCUUAUCCCUUGUUGGCAGCUCCGAUCAGGCCACGGAGGGAUGUGAUGCUGGGCUAUGUUUACUAAACCUGCGGGUUUUCAGCCUCUUAAGCCCAGCUCCAAUCUCUCAUCCAUUGGGAGCACUAACCUCUGGAAUCUGAGCACCAGUGGAGGGCGCUGUGGGUCUGCUGGGUGGCAGAAGUUUCUUCCGGGUUGGUGUUCUCUGCUGGCCUCGCUUCCUGCUGCCCCUGACCACUCAGACUGGUUUUCGGUGCGAAGGCCCCAGCUGCCGCCCGGGACUGUCUGCCGACACUUGCUCCCUGCGCCCCCCCCCCCCCCCCCCAAGAUCUUUAAUCCCUCCCGGCUGUGUCCGUGCUGGGGAUGGCAGUGCCCAGGCCCCUCUGUCUGGUGAAGGACCUGUUGCUGCUUCUGUUUCUCUCUUCCUGCCCCUCCUUGGCUGAUGACCCAGGGCCCUCUGAUGACGACAUUCUCCUGGCAAGAGAAAAGGACUUGACUGGCCUUUCUGAACUUGACUGUUUCAGGUUAUAUUUUAAUUUUUUUUUUUUUUUGUACAGGUUCUGAUUCUAAUACAUUUCAACAUGCUUUUUUUCCCCUUCGUGUCAAUAUUUGUUACAGACUAAUCGCCGGGGAUUUUUCACCUGGUUGGAGGGUGGCAUGUGUGUAUGUGUGCGUGUGUUGUAGUUGUUGUUGUUGUUUUUAAAGGGGAGGUGGUGGUCCUGGACCGACUUAUUCAAGUUCAUUGGGAGUAAAAGCACAUUUUAGAACAAAAAAUAAAAGUGUAGAUUUAACGUA